ACCAUCACCACAAAGGUGCGUACUUUUUCACAUUAAAGAAAAAAAAAGAAAAAUACUCUAUACAAUAUCUUUGAUAUACUAUUGUUCCCUUGUUGCGACUGAUUGUUAACACAUGACCUUGAAUUUGAAUAUGUACCUGACCUUUCAUAACAUCACAGGGUAAUGCCAGAAGUUCCCGAAAACAUGCAGCAAGGUCUUCAACGCAUGGAAUUAGAAGCCCGAUCAAUCGAGCCGCGAAAUUCAACAUCGCAACAUCCCGGUUCCGCCUCACAACACUCUCGCGAACCUUCCUUAUCUACUUUUCUAAAUACUCGAGUCGCCAGUUUUGGGCAGCAAUACCAACAAGGCCAGAACUCCGCAUCUGAUUAUAGUCCCGCAUCCAACUUCAGCCCAUUCCAGGAGACCUCGGAGCGAGUUCCCCAAUUCGAAAGAAACCUCCAAGAUAUGCGCGAUUUACCUUCCUUCUCACCCUUCCCGAAGGUCCAAGGAGAGCACAUACCACCUAGUGACGAGGAGAAAGAAGCGGUCUUGGCCGAGAGCAGGCAACAUGUCCUCCAUUCCAAUGACCCCAACAUGCAAAUUUGCUGGGCUCGCGACGUCCUAUCAUAUGUCGAGAUAGCCGCCGAAGCCGCCAUUCGGGAAGAAGAGGCUACGCGCGGCCUUAACGACCGAGACCCCCCAGUACGAGCGGCGACACCUAAGAUUGAACACGAGUUGCGCAUCGACGCUGUUAAUAUUGUUACCUACCUCGCAGAUCAGGGCCAUCCCGAAGCCCUCUUUAUUCGAGGAAAGUGGCUAGAGUUUGGCAAGUUUGGUAAGAGACAGGACAAGAAGGAAGCCUACACAUGUUACUCGAGCGCUGCGCAGUCAGGGUGGGGUCGCGCCGACUACCGGAUUGGCAUGCUCUACGAAAAUUCAAAUGAUAUGGAAAAAGCCAUGAGGCAUUACCAAAUGGGUUUGUCCUCGAAAGAUUCAGCAGCCUCAUACCGACUAGGUAUGAUCAACCUGUUAGGUCAGCGAGGUCAAUCGAAGGACAUCGCAAGAGGAUUGGACUUAAUACAUUCUGCCGCGGAUACGGCCGACGAAGACGCACCCCAGGGUGCUUUCGUUUAUGGUAUGCUAAUCGCAAGAGACCUUCCUGACGUCACUGUACCCGAGGAAGUUGUACCGUACGACGUCGCCGUUGCUCGGCAGUAUAUCGAAAAGGCUGCUUAUCUUGGAUUUGCUAAGGCCCAGUUGAAGAUGGGGCAGGCUUAUGAGUUGUGCCAGCUCGGUUGUGAUUUCAAUCCGGCACUUUCGCUACAUUACUACGGACUUGCCGCCAAACAGGGCCAACCCGAGGCGUGCCUAGGUGUCAGUAGAUGGUUCUUGUUUGGAUACGAAAACACCUUCGCGAAGAACGAGGCUCUUGCUUUCAAGUACGCCCAGCUAGCUGCCCGGACAAAGCUACCAACUGGAGAGUUCGCCAUAGGUUAUUACUACGAAAUUGGAAUAUCAGUCGAGAAGGAUCUGCGAGAGGCUCGAAGAUGGUACGAAUUAGCUGCGGAGCAUGGUAAUAAGGACGCUAAAGACAGGUUGGAUAAUCUAUCGCAAUCUAAGACUCUGUCGAAGCAGGACCAUGAAACGACGGCGUUCGCGAGAAUCAAGUCAAAGCAUGGCUCUCAAAGAGGCCAGAGGCCGGAACGGUUAAAGCAAUUGACGAAGUCAAUGCCGACGGUGUCGGAAGGUUCGCCUAGGGUUUCGCCUCACCCGUCUCCUAGGCAUCAAGAUUUCGAACACGCUGACAUGCCGGAUGUUUCGCGGCUUAACGUAAGUGGCGGCAACCGGCCCCCAGCUUUUGCCGUUAAUGUUGCCGGCCAGGGAGCACCGGCAAUUCCCUACCCCGAGGAUGAUAGGCCGCCAGGCUUAUCUCUACGGCCGAAGUCUGUUGCUCCAUAUCCCGAGGACGAUACGGCAGGCAUGAAGCCACAAUUAUCGCCUCAUUACAAUCCCGGUAUUCGGCCAUCGACAGGUCCAAUUGCGGACCGUCCAGGAAGUUCGUUCGGUAUACGCACCCAACCGCCCGGCAAUGGUGGUAUUCGUCCAUCUCAUUCCGCAGGUCAACUACCUAUUCCACCGGCUGGUACGGAUCCGGGCCGAGGCCGUCCAGUCUCUGCUGGUUGGCAACCACAAUUUCCCGGUGGUUACCGACAGGCUAGUCCCGGUCCCGGAGGUCGCGGAGGUCGUCCUGUUACCGGACAAUUCGAUCAAAGACCACCGCCGUCCGGAUACGGACCUGGCCCUACUCAUAACCCUGGACCGAACCGACUCACAAAACAAGGCCCGCCACCCCAAGGGGCGUACCCACCAUCGGCUGGGUAUGGUCAGAGAGAAUCAUCUUUACCAACAUCUCAUGCUCCUGGUCCACGAAUUUCUACCGGUGCUUACGAUCACGGUGGCCGACCGCCUGCUGCUGCCUCUCCGACUAUGAGUGGUGGGCUGGGGCCCCGCACAAGCUCUAUUCCAAUGGGUGGUUUACCCCAAGGAGGUCCCGGUGGUCAGCGAAUAGCGAGUCAACCGAAUGCGCCAUUGAAACCGCGCCCUGGCCCAGGUGACGGUGGUCGGUCAAGCGCACCGCCUCAACAAGCAAGACCCCCGAUGUCAAGUCCGCCCCCGACGGCCGGUACCCCUGGCUCGACAGCAUCCGCUCCCGCGAAACCUACGGCUAAACCUAGCCAAGGCCCUGCUACCUUCGAGGCAAUGGGCAUACCUCAGGGCAAGCAAGAAGGUGAUUGUGUCGUCAUGUAAUCAAUUGAACACAUUAUGUUUGGCAUAGACUGGCUGCGGCUUUUUUAUUUCUUUUCAUGAUACCACUUUUGCUAAAGCGCCCAUGAGUCAAACGAAACAUCCUCCCCGUAUCCUAAAAGAAAAGAAAGCCGGACGGCAUGGUAUGAUUAGGCCAAGACCGCCCUACAUAUAGCAGGCCAUUAGAGAUGCCAGAUACUUUUCACGCCUUGGAAGAUUUUUCUUUCAUGAUAGAUUUGGGCGUUAGCCAUGGUACGGACCUAUGGAUUAUUUAAGCACGUAGGUUAUAGCAUGAGUCCCAAUAGCAUAGGGGUGGAGACGAUAUAUCGGCGUACCCAAUACGAGUAAUUGGUUGAUGAGGCUUGGAUCUCCUUGUCGAUUCAUGAAUAGACCCAAUGCAUUGAUCUUUAAUUACAUUCCUCAAAUGAGAAGAGUACUACAUGUGAUAACAGUAUGAUAUAAGUUUGAACUUGGGAG